GCUAUCCAAAAUCUCAAGGCAGCUGCCCGGAAUGUGCUACCAGAGACUUGAACUGCACCCUUUUCCCUAAAGGGGACCCAUGCAAGGGUACUGUAGAUGAAAACAGGGAAUACUGUCAGAGGUUCAAAGGUAUGAGGGGCAAUGCUUUCUACUUCUUCAACAUACAAACCAAUGGAUCAAGCAACUGCUAUAUUUGUAAGAAUAGAGGGAUGAGACCUGUGCAAGAAAUAUCUGAAAAUCCGUUCACUGACCAAGGACCUGACCCUGCUGAGGCAGCGAAAUUUAUGAAUAAUUUGGACUCGUACCUUACUAAGAUGAAUGAGUCUUCGGCUCUCGUGUCCAUUGGUGCCACCAAGGGCAUCAUGGUGAAACAAGAUGAGCUUGAAAUCGACGAGAUCGGUGGGGUCUCUGUUGGCUAUGGCUGUGGGGAAAAUAACGAUUUGCUAAUUGCUGAUGAUGAAAAAGAUCUAUCUACCUGUGCAGGAUCUGUUUUGAUCUCAAAAGAAGCAUUUCAAGAUGCAUACAUACGGAACGCCACUGUUCCGUUUGCAGGUAUUUUCAGAUUCAACAAUAUGGAUAAGGAUGAGUUGAACAGCGGUGUCUUGCUCAACCAGGUCAUAGCAAUUGACAUGGGGACUGCCAUAACCAAUCUCAGCGACAGAAUUAAAUUAAAUUUCAGGAGUGGGACAGAGGAAGGGAUACCAUCUUGUCGUUCGUGGAAUGGUGAAGGUAGUCUGCCAAACUGGACAGAGAAUGGAUGUGACACAAUAGUGUCUGGAGACAAUGUUUCAUGCCAGUGCUCCCACCUGACAUUCUUUGCUGUGAUCAUGUCUCCACUCCACAAUCCAACCAUCUCGGCAGCUGACGUAAAGUCCCUCAACUACAUCACCUACAUCGGAUGUGGCUUGUCGAUUUUCUUCCUGGGCAUAGCUUUCUUCAUGCAUUUUGUGAUGAGGAGGACCAAGGCCAGCAAGAGCAAAGAGAUCCUGAUCCAGUUGAUGAUUGCCCUGUUCCUGCUCAACCUCUCCUUCCUGACCAACGAGUUGGUUGCAAACCUGCACAGCACUUGGAGCUGCCAGGCAAUGGCAGCCUUUAUGCACUACUCCAUGUUGGUGACCUUCACAUGGUUUGCUAUGAAUGCCUUACACCUCUGGCUGAACUUCUACUAUGGCGGUAACAUUUCCAUCCAGCGUUACAUACUCAAAGUGUCUGUCACAGCCUGGGCAAUUCCAAUUGUAUUGGUGGUUACCCUUUUAAUUCUGGGAAAGUAUGGCCAGAUAGCCAUUGCUUCGGAAGAGCAUAAGACUACCAUGUGCUGGAUGACAGAUGAGGAGAUCCAGUACAUCAUCAACAUCACCUACUACGCCGUGGUCUUCCUCUUCACCUUCUCCACCCUCAUUGUCCUCCUGUCCUGGCUCUACCUGACCAAAACAUCUCGAGAAGAGAACGUCAGAAUUGGCGGCAGCAGCGCGGGCAUCUGCAGUGUCUUUGGACUGUGCUCCGCUCUGGGCGUCACGUGGGGCUUUGCGUUCUUUGCACACGGUGUCCUGCGGCUUCCCUCCUACUACAUCUUCACCAUUCUCAAUUCUUUCCAAGGCUUUUUCCUUUUUCUUUACUACUACAAAACCAGUGAAAUGGUACAUGAAGUAGAGAGCUCCGGUAGCAGCAGCCAGAACAUGACCGAUGUUACUGAAUGAUGCAGGCGCAUGCAAAUCUUCCCCUUCGUGCUCAUGAUGCCUUUCUUCCUUCUGUGUUGUAUGAGGCCUUACUCAAAUGACCUGGGUUCUGUUACCACCUGAUUGAAACACUGACACUCGAUUGAAUGGUCAUCAGCCCAAUGAUAACACCCAUUGAAUCGAGUUAUAACGCAAAACGUUGUGUGGCGUUACUCACGUUAUCAACUGCAACGUUGUAAGAGUAACCAAUUUUGAGUUUGAUAUGUUUAAAAUCGGAUUAGUCAAUGAGUUGUGCAAUUUGUCAUGUAUUGCAUUAUUUUUUAAUUAGCUACUUAUAUAUUCUGGUAAUUGUGCAGCAGUUAUGCAAAUAAUUAUGUUCUUGAUAAUAGGGGGUCGUAAAAUUGUAAGAUAAAUAGCAAUUGGUGGGCAAGGUUAUUGAUGGUCAAUAUAUUUUACCAUCUUUAUAGACGUAGUAGUUUGUUAAUGGCUUAUUAUUUGUUUGUCAAGUAAGAAUUUGUUUGAAUAAACUGUUGAUGAAG